GAACAGGCCAAAGGCCACCGUUACCCGCCAAACCAAGGGCUCAAACUCAUCCGCUCACGUCCGCAGGACGCAACGCCGACGCGGCGUCGCACCCGCCCUCAGCCGCACGGCGGCAUGAAGAGCUCGGCGGAGCCACGCGCGGCGGCCGAUGACGUCGACGUGGAGCUGCUCAAGGCGGUGGCGCAGGCGUGGCACGCGCAGUCGGGCAACCCGCGGCCGUCGCGCGCGUCGGAACCGGGCGGGGACGACGACGCCGCUGGUGCGCUCCCUCGAGCGGGCGCGGGCGCGGCGCCGCACCGCCCGUCCCGGUUCAAGCUGGAGGCUAUGGCCGCAGCGGCGGCGGCCGCCGCAUCAGACGCCCUGGCCCGGGAGAGGUCGUGGGACUUCGCGCGGUCGCUGUGGGACACGUACGAGCUCGUCAGCGUCGCGCGGAAGCUCGAGUCCGGCCUCGUCAUCGCCGACCACGCCGCCGCAGCGCCGGCCGUGCCGGAGGGCGCCGCGCGGGGAGCGGGGAAGCGGAAUAGGGAGAGCGGCCGCAGCUUGAGGAGCCUGUUCCUGCGCUCCUCGUCCAGGAGGUUCGAGAAAUCAAGCAGCUAGUGCUCUUCUCUUACUGACUGAAAUUUUUCUGCAGAAAUACUGUGGCUUUAGCUAACAAAAACUGGCAUGCCACUUUGUGAUUGUGUCCAGUGGUCUACCAAUUGGCACUAUACUGGUACUCCGUUGUCUUCGUUCUGAAAUGUCUACCCAUUUGCGGAAAUGCAACUCUACGUGUC